CAUCAGAGGAAGUGUAGUAUUUUACGCACUGAAGAAUAGUAAUUUCUGUGCGUGAGAAAAGGAAGAAAGAAGGGUAGCUUAUGGUGAAGUGCCUCUGGGAAGAAGACGGCUGCGGGCUACUUUUGUUAUUGUGUGUACAAUAACACAAACCGUGUCUACCUCCUUGUCCAGAGGGAAGCGUGAACGGUGAAAAUGGAAGCGGACAGAUCCGGCGGAGGACCAAACCCCAACUCUGGCGGCAGCGUUGGUAGCAGCAUAGCAGGACGCAACCCAAAUGGGCCCAAAGCAGCACCGAGCCAGGCGACAGCACACGCCUCGACCGGGGCCAUGGCCCCAGGGGCCGCGGCGGCUUCGGUGGGCCUCCUCCCUGGGUCUAUGCCUGGGCCAAUGCCUGGCUCUCAGCUAAGAGAGCUACACGAAGGGGACUCGGGAAUGACGCUUCCUGGGAUCCUCCACUUCAUCCAGUACGAGUGGGGACGUUUCCAGGCCGAGAAAUACCGCUGGGAGGCGGAGAGAGACGAACUCCGGGCUCAGGUGGCAUUUCUUCAGGGUGAGAGAAAGGGCCAAGAGAAUAUGAAGCAGGACUUGGUGAGACGCAUCAAAAUGCUAGAAUAUGCCCUUAAACAAGAGAGAGCAAAACACCAGAAACUGAAGACAGGCAAUGAUCAGAGCCCUACAGACAAGAAGCCAGAAACGGAGGCAGACCAAGUUCCCAAUGGACCAGCAGAGUCUGACUCUGAACCAGCCAAUCAGAUGUCCUGGAAGGAGGGACGUCAACUAUUACGCAAAUAUCUAGAGGAAGUGGGGUAUUCAGACACAAUUGUGGAUAUGCGAUCCAAGCGUGUGCGCUCCCUUCUUGGGCGAAGCAGUCCGGAGGCAAACGGACCUCCCCCCAGUGACACUUUUUCAGAGCCGGAACCACGAACGGGAGGAGAGUCAUUAUUAGUCAGACAGAUCGAAGAACAAAUCAAGAGGAACGCAGGUAAAGAGACCUCUAAGGAGCACAUGGGUGGUUCCGUUCUUGAUAAAAUUCCCUUCCUGCAUGGCUGUGAGGAUGAUGAUGAAGAUGACAGUGAUGAAGAAGAUGAUUUCAAGGGCAUAGGAACUGACUGCAUUGAUGGACCUCGCAAGAGCAAAAAGUCUCGAGUAAAGAUGGGCUCAGAACCUAUGACCACAGAUCUGGACCCCGAGGAUGAAGAGGACGAAGAUGAUUCUGAAGAUGCCCAGAAUGAAUUUGACUUCCUGGGAUCCGGGGAGGAUGGGGAGGGGGCGGGAGAGGCACGAAUCUCGGGGGAUGGACGGGAGUUAGAGAACCGCAGGAACAAGUUACAAGGCAUGAUACCGGAAUUCCCCCCUAAACCUGCCCCGUCCCCAUCUGUUUCAGGACAGUCUCGCUCAGGGGAAGGUGGCGCCCUCAGUUUCUCCUCUGAUGUGUUCAUUAUGGAUGCUGUUGGAGGAGGUGACAUGAACCUUGGUGAAUUGGCAGAUCUCACAGUUGCCAAUGACAACGAUCUCUCUUUGGAUAUGCAUGACAACAGAGAAGAGUUUAAGAAGACAUGGAACCCACGUUUCACACUACGGAGCCAUUUUGAUGCCAUUCGUGCUAUGACUUUUCAUCCAAGCCAGGCAGUGCUGCUCACAGCUUCUGAAGAUGGAACACUAAAACUGUGGAACCUAAACAAGGCAAUGCACUCAAAAAAAAAUGCGGCUUUGGAUGUUGAGCCUAUUUACACAUUCAGAGCACACAGUGGUGCUGUACUAUCUCUCACAAUUGGUGAGGAUGGGGAUACCUGCUACAGUGGAGGUCUAGAUGGAACAGUUCGCUGUUGGAAGAUGCCAGACCUUAAUGUGGAUCCUUACGACAACUAUGAUCCCAGCAUUGAGAGCAGUGUGCUCUCAGGUCAUGAGGACAGUGUGUGGGGUCUCACAUAUUCUGCUGUACACCAUCGCUUGGCUUCAUGUUCAGCUGAUGGCACCAUUAGAAUCUGGAAUCCUCAGAAUUCUACGCCAUGUCUGUCUGUCUUCAAUAAAGAGAGAGAACAUGGCACACCAACCUCUGUAGCUUUUGUAGCUACUGAUCCUAACCAAAUUGUGGUGUCUUAUGAUGGUGGUGAAACAUUGAUUUAUGACCUCAACACAGAGCAGAGUGUCACUACACUACAGACAGAGACCAAGGAUGGCAGUGAACUGAUUAACCGUGUAGUCAGCCACCCUUUAGAAGCGGUGUCUAUCACGGCACAUGAGAAUCGAACUAUCCGCUUUGCUGACAACAAGACAGGGAAAGUUGUUCAUUCAAUGGUGGCUCAUUUGGAUGCAGUUACUUGUCUCACUACAGACCCAAAAGGGACUUACCUCAUCUCAGGCAGCCAUGACUGCUCAGUGCGCCUCUGGAUGCUUGACAACAGGACGUGCGUGCAGGAGAUCACGGCCCACAGGAAGAAACACGACGAGGCCAUACAUGAUGUGGCCUUCCACUCUUCCCAACCCUUUAUUGCUAGCGCCGGCGCAGAUGCACUUGCCAAGAUCUUUGUCUGAAACUUGUAACUACAACCGAAGAAUCUCAUGGACAAUUUUUGCUCUGCUUAAACACUGUCACACACAACUAUCCAACAGCCCACUGGCUGGGCUGGCACCACAGGACACCAGCUCUCUAGCUCACCGUUUUGUGAUGCCUCAAUGACUUCUUAUACUGUAAUAAUGUUUUUUAAAGGAUCCUGGCUGCUCAGUUUUUUGGACUAAUACUUUUUACACUACAUAAAUCCAUUGUGCUUUCUUUUGUGGGCUGAUGGUAUUGCAAAGCACUGUGUGUUUGAGCGCUUACUGCUAAGCAUUAUAUAAGAGAAUCACAAAGUAUACGUGCACAGUUACAUCACUUGCCUGUUUAGGGUUUUUAUUGGUUCAUUUGUUUGUGGCUAACAUGCAUACUGUCGCCAUAAAGGGCAAGGCUGAAAGCAGUAAGUGUGAAAAGUGGUAACAUCAGAAUGAUCUCUGCAUUGACAUUCAAUGCAUUACAUUCCAAAGACUUCAGAAAGAAUGUUGGUGUUACAAAGGUAGAGCUGGAGAAUGUUUGCUCUGCUUAUAGAGACUCACUAACCAGUGUUAACGAAAAGCUUUAAUUUCAAUUUCAAUUGCCAAGACAAGAGUCAUGUUUGUCUUAAGUGUUAUGCCCCUGUCUCUUUUGAACUGACUUGAUUUAAAGCCAGAUGUAUAUGGGAAUUUUUAUGAAUUAGGACAUCUGAAAAUUCAUUUUUACUACUGCUAGAUAGAAAUUAUACUGGCAGUCAGAUGGAAAAAAGCAACACAAUGUCCCAUGCAAAUGAAGCCAAGUGUAUGAUUGGGUGCUUUUUCUGUACUGUAGUACUUUAAUGUCUGAGUAGUGUACGCACUAAUCCAAUCUUGGUGCUACGAGAGACUGAUCAUGAAUCAGAAUCAGGGAUGUGUGUUUGUGAAAUACUGCCUGUGUCAGUAAUUUAGGCCACAUAUGAUCUAGUUUUAACUCACAUGUAUAAAGGCAUUUUAUGACGUGGUCACAUAUUCACAAUGAAAAGGAGUGUACAGACUGAAACCAUAAUCAUUUUAACCUAAACAUUGAACUAGAUUGCAGAAUGUUUUUGUUCUGGAUUGAAUUUAUUUAUUCAUUUAACAUGUAUA